AUGGCAACCGGGCCGGCGAUCAGGAAAAAUGAGAAAGGCCACUAUGAGGUGCCGUUCGACUGCAAGGAGUUCAUGGACGACCUGGGCCCCGUCAAUGAGGACUUUUCAAAUAUGGACGACGCCGUCCGUCGGUUUGCUAGGCGCAGGGCAUCCAGCAUCUUCGCGGACUGGCAAAAGCUGCAGGGCAUCGUCGAGCGGUGGGGGCCUACAAUCCAGAAGAGGCCCGACUUGGUAGUGUGGCGGUUGGCGCGCGGGCCCUUCGCGGCCUCCGACAAGAAGAUGAAGAGCAUUGAAAACUUCUGGCCAUUCCUAUGCCCCGCGAUCAACCUCGAGGACCUCGCCAAGCCGGAGCCACUGAUGCUGAUGCUCAGCGCUCGCGGUCGCAAUUUUCCGGAUGUGUUCAUUCCCACUGAUACUGCAUUCGCACGCGCAGCGCUCCCUGUGGGAAUACACCCGCUAGCUGCCUUGACUCUUGGUUGCCGCCCCAAGCAGAGGAUGUUGUUUCGAGGACGCAAAAGCGCCGGUGACUAUGGCGAGAUCUGUGACGAGAGCUCACUCAGUCACUUCAUGUCGAUCACAAGUUUUACCCUCGACGUUGGCUUGAUGGUUCUAGCUGUCCAGUCCAAGCUGUAUCCUUUUCUCGUGCAGUGCUGCAAGGAAAUACUUCACGAUGUCUCCGAAGACGAGAUGCUUACAAGGGCGCCUGUGGCCGCCACGUCCGAGCAGCUUCUUGGUGAGAACGAGGCAGAUGCGUCUACCCUGGAGUCCUUGCUGAUACAGUCCUCCCUGGCGCCAUACAGAGUACCUGGUCAUCUCGACUUGUCCCGAAUGGAAGCCGUGGUUGCGGCCAGGUUGGCGGAGGCUGAAGACCACCUUUGGUCUCUACGGGAAGAUCCCGGCUAUUUCAGCGAAACUCUCUACGACUGGAGUGAGCACUGCCAAGAGAGCCUGGUGAUCUGUACCCGUGAGGAGGACCUAUGGGACAAGUUUAUGCACAACGUCACCUGCACUGACGAGAGCCACACGUGGCACACAGCCACCAAGCCUACCGACGGCGAUGCUGAGUUUUGGGCACCCAUUGUCCAGAAUGUGCUAACGGAUGCGCUGGAGUAUAUAGAGAACUGGCGGAUCUUGCUGAGUCGCAUCUCCAGGGCUGCCAAAGCUAUGCAAAGCCACGCUUCAGAGCUCCGUUACGACCGGCCGGCACCUGAGGCCAUCACGUUGUCUCUACUCCAGUGCAACAUUGCUGGUUACGCCAGCUUGAAGUUUGUGUUGAGGAAGUUGAGGACCGGUGUUCCGACAUCGCCGCCAAUGCGGAACCGCUUCAACCAUCCGCCCAGCCAGCUAUCUCCACCGUCCAAGUCGGAAAAGGAGCUCAUGUGGAUUUUCACGACUAUGUUUGAUGAAAAGAAUCGCAAGUUCGAGAUGAAGGCUUUGACGGACGAGCUGGAGCUGCUGAUGCGACGAGAUGGGUCAGUCAAGAAGUUAAUUUCCCCAUGGGUGGCUCGAGAACUUGCGGACCUCUCAGCGAUGGUAGAGUUCUUCGAACAAAUCAAACUUUUCCAGCCCUGGAGUGACGGCAUCGACAUCGUGUCUAAGAUGGGUGUCUACAACGAUAGAGUCAUGCAAGACUAUAAAGACGACUCUAUGUUUACCAUCACCCUGUACAAGUUUGAGAAUUUCCACAAAUGGCCGCGCUUCGGGCAACUCGCGAAUCCCUCACGCAGGGCAUUCCAUUACCCGCUCAACAAGCGAUAUUCUCGGAAGAACGUCCAGGCGAUGCAGGAAGCCGAAGCGCGCCUGGACGCCUUCUGGCGGCCUAUGAUAUCGGCUCUGAACAGCGUCCGGCUUCCCUGUGAGGACCCCGACUGCGGGUGCAGUGGCUGGAAGGUCUUCUCACCGCGGCACAAGGCCGUCUUGGUGGAAGAGGAGCUGCCGAUGCCGUUCUCGGGGCUCAAUGUGGGCCAGACUUCUGACACGCUCAGCAAGAACGACUUCAAGGUUCACGUUGAACGACAGAAGGUCAAGACGCGCGGAAAAGCUGCGGCACGGGCUCCAGCCCAGCAGGAAGAGCAGACGAGGGGACCAGGCGAGGGAGCAACAUCCGCGCCGCCCGAGAAGACCAUCCUACAGGUCGACCAGCGAGCGCUCAAGAUCUUCAACACGCUAUUCUUCGUCCCGACGGCGUCGUCGCAGCAGCCGGGCGAGACGCCCUGGGUCGACUUCCUGCACGCCAUGAACGCGACGGGGUUCACGGCCGAGAAAUGGUACGGUUCGGCCUGGCACUUCCAGCCGACGAAGCUGGACGUGGAGCGCGGGAUCCAGAUGCACGAGCCACACCCCAGCAGCAAGAUCCCCUUCGCCGUGGCUAGGCGGAUGGGGAGGCGCCUUCACCGGGCGUACGGGUGGCAUGGCGGGAUGUUUACGCCUGAUCAGUGA